CUUUCGAACUGGCCACCAUCCUUCUUCACAGAGCUUGCGAGCUUCAAUGCCCAACACGCAUUUACUUCCAUUCUGAUGAGGGUGUGUUCAUGGCAAUGGCUUCCAGAAUGAUGCUUCUUACGCCAUCUUCGCCUUCAACAUCUUUGAGUGUCAACGUGGAUAGCAGGCCUCGUCUCAGUCAGAAACGGGUGUCGAAAGCUUCGCUUGUGAAGCUGCGAAGAGGGAGAUGGUGGAGCGAUUGUGGCGUGAGGUUGCGCGGGCCUAGGGAGCGUGCGUCUGAUGGGUGGGUGUCUUCAGCGAGUGGAAGCGCUCUGUCACAAGAGCAAGAGAAGCGAACUAAGAGACUGAAGCUUGUGGUUGUCCGUAGCUUCUCAGCUUCCGUAUCUGCGGCCUCAGAAGCAGGCCAGCUAGAGCAUAGCCAGACUCUGGAGAGUUUUUUUGACGAUACUGGAGAGUUUUUUGAAACUAAGAACGAGCAACCUGAGUGGAUCAAAAAGGUCGUCGCAGCAGGCUUAGUAGAGAAAGGAUCCAGUGUUUUGGUGGGGCCAGGAAGUAUAUCACUGGUACCACUCUUGAGGAGUUUAGAGGUGAACACUGUGGUGGCACACUGGUCUUUACUAGAGUUGGCAAGCGUCAAGGCAGUUGACGAUGAAAUUCGCUGCUGGCACGGGAACGUCGAGAAGCUACCUCACUCAUGGGGCCCAUUCGAUGCUGUGUUUCUUGGACACUCACCUGCAAUGGCCUUCUCAGCUUCCACGUUAUUCGAGUCUGUCAUCAGCCGCUGUCGCACGGGAGCAAGGGUGGUGAUAAAUCAAAGUUGUGGGAAAAGCUUCUUAGCACCAUACAGAGAAAUGUACCCGCAUAUUCUCCUGCGUGAUCUUCCUGAACCCGAGGAGCUGCAAAGCAUGAUAAAUGGUUUACCACUGGAAUUCGUUAGCUUCCAAAGUGAUUCUUCGGCGUAUUUGGUUGCUCUUGAGGUCAACGAAUCGCCCAACAAAACAGAAAAAGACAUCGACAACAAAGAUAUUAGCGACUUUCCGCUGUAUGCCUCAGCCAAGGUGGUGCAUGGGUUCGGUCGUGGAAGCAAGCAAAUGGGCAUUCCCACAGCAAACCUCAACCCCGAAGAACUGCCAAAGGAAAUAUUAGACCUCCCCAAGGGCGUCUACUUCGGAUGGGUGCAAGUGAAGGGAGAAGGCUUAGACGCUGGAGUUCAGAAGAUGGUUAUGAACGUUGGGAAUCGCCCCACUUUCGCUGACAGUGAUGCAGUUACCAUUGAAGUGCAUAUUCUACACGACUAUAAAAUUGACUUCUAUGGCCAGGAUGUAGGCAUUGCAGUGCUGGGUUUCAUUCGACCUGAAAUGAAGUUCAGUUCCUUAGAUGCAUUGGUGGAGAGGAUUGGAGAUGACAUCAAGGCAGCAACAUUGUAUCUGGAAGAAGAGGUGCUGAAGUCGUAUCAAACUGACAGGUUUUUCCGGAUGUAACAUGGCUUUUUCAGCGGCAUCCUCCACCCCAUGUUCUCUUUAAGGGACAACAAAAGGACAUUGCAGCUUACAGUUGUCCAUAUAUGUGCAAUCAUCAACCACUCUGGUUAGGUGUUGACCACGUAUAGAAGUGAUUGUAAGCAGUGUUGUAUCACGUCGAGAGUGUUCAAGGUCGCGAUUACUGAGAAAUAUGUAAAGAAACGCAUAUUUUUUGUGCUUUCGUCAUAGAUGAGCAGUCUGCCAUAGAUGCGUUGAACUGCAGCAGUUGUUUUUCUCACUUGGCAUGUGCUAGAUAUACAUGAUUGGUGCAAUGUUUUUUUUGGAAGAACUAGUUUUGUAUCGUUGGGAAAGGAAAGGAAACAUCAUUAUGAGCUGCUUGCCAUGUAAACCAGACCUGAGUGCUCAACGUAUGGUACAAUCAGCUUCUUCUAAACAAACUUUGGAACUUGACUGCAA